GUGUGUACCUUUAAGAGAAAAGGAAAGCAGGAAGUCGCUGUGGGGCAGCCCGAGGAGCCGCAAACUGACUGGGUCGCCAGCGUGGAGCUUGCAUGGGGUCUCGCUGACCAAGCCUGCCAGUCCCUCGUGGGGGAAGUUGAGCUGUGAUCUCUGGAGAGAACCAAUUGUCCAAUUUCAGGUAGGAUCCUUUGCUCGCAAUAUACCUGUGAAGAUCUGCAACCGAGCUGCUUGAUUUAUUACUUCCUUGCGUUCGGCUUACAUUGGCAGUUGUAGAUGAACGGUGCCUGUACACUUCCUUCCUGUAGGGUGCAAAUCCUAUCCUAUUUUGGUGUGUUUGUUCCUGCCUGCAAUGCCGAGUUUGAAUUGGCUUGGCAUGUGUGUUUUUUUACUUUCUGCAAGGCGUGCAAGGAACGCAUAUAAGGACUAGAGAGAUGCAAAGGUGGGGUGUAUAUUUUCGUGGAAGCAGGCUUUAUACGGAAACAUUUGCUAUAUUUCUUUAAUGAGCCCCAGAGGCACUUAUGAGACUUUUUCACAGGGGAUGCAGCAAUUGUUCAUUUAAUCUUCACACCCUAUUUUAUUUUAUUUUUAUUUAUUUAUUAAAUUGAUGCCCUGAACACCUAUAUAAUGGAUAUUAACACCACAGCCUCAAUAUCUUUUAAGACUGUUAUGUUCUCUCCAGAGUGGAGUCUGGAUGCUUUCAUUUAAUCAAAGGUGCUAAUUCAUUUUAACAUGACCACAUCUAUUUGAGGUACAUUACAUGCUAACAUAAAUCUGUCUUCUUUUCAUGCCUUCAUAAGGAAUGCUAAAUGGUGUUCUUACCAUAGGUAGCAAAACAGCCCUUUUGAAACAGUGGUAUCUGGUAUCUGCUGUUUCCUUCUGUGCUCAGGGGAAUAAAAUAUCCAAUACAUCAAAAAAACCUGGCGGAUUCAGUUUCUACUUCCCAUAGUACAGAAAUUAGGGGGAAAAUUUUUUUAAAAGGAAAUUGGUCAAUGUUCAGGGAAGUUUCCUCUCCCCCUGUGUAUGCUGUAUGUUUUGGGGAUGACUCCACAGAGGAUAUGCUACAAUCAACACUAAAACGUUCUGCCUUCCUAGAACAGGAGGAAUACUAGAACUUUUGUUCAGAGGUGUGUAUGUUUUGGCCCAUUCAUGUGGUGUGAAGGCGGCUGCCAAGGUUGUGAAUUCUUCACACUGGUUGACAUUUUAUUUGCAGCCAGCAUUCCUAUAGCUUACUAGGCUAUCAGUGAGAGCUAUGCUGAGAUUGUUAGAGAUGGCCAGGGGUCACCAAUGGCGGAGAGAACACUGUUGAGAUCCGUCUUCGUUUCAUGCUGGACAAGAAAUUGUGUGCAAUUGAUAUAAAAUGGAUGAACAUAGUUUUGGAUUGAAUUUUUAAAUUAAUUAUCCUUGAGCAUGUACAGGAGUGUGCCACAUACUGAUGGACAUGAAGGAUGGGGUUUUUCAAAGUUACUUCAUGUGUUAUAUGCAAUAUCUCUCAGGCCUGACAAUUGUUCAGAGAUCACAUUCCUUGAGCUCAUCCUAACAUGGGACCAAAUCCUGAUGUGGCUGCACUUUUGCUAAAAAUACACAACUGAAUAUAAUAGGUCAGCGCCAGCAAGUCUGACAAUUGAGUGUGUGUGUGUAGGCAGAACAUAGCAGUACAGUGGUACCUCAGGUUACAUACGCUUCAGGUUACAUACGCUUCAGGUUACAGACUCCGCUAACCCAGAAAUAGUACCUCGGGUUAAGAACUUUGCUUCAGGAUGAGAACAGAAAUCGUGCUCCGGCAGUGCGACGGCAACAGGAGGCCCCAUUAACUAAAGUGGUGCUUCAGGUUAAGAACAGUUUCAGGUUAAGAACGGACCUCCGGAACGAAUUAAGUUCUUAACCCGAGGUACCACAGUAUAGAGAAUAUGGGGAACUUCCUUAUACAGUACUGAGGCAGGCAGCUGGUUCAUUUAGCACUGUUUUGUCUAUAUUGACAGUGACUCUUUAGGGAUACAGGUAAAAGUCUUUCCUUGUCCCACCUGGAGAUGCUAUAAGACUGAGCUAAGGCUCUUGCCCAAAAGAACUAUUAUUUAUUUAUUUUAUUUUAAUUUAAUUUAUAUAUCACCCUUCAUCAUAAGAUCUCCCUGGGUGGUUCACAGAAUAAAAUGUGGGAUAAAAACAAGUAAGUAAUUAAAAACAAAACAGCAAUACAAUAAUUCCCCUUUCCACAGACACCUUUAAAAGGCUGUAGACUAGCAAUCAGCCAAAGGUCUGGUUGAAGAGGAACUGGUGCCUGGUGCCUAAAUUUAUUAGAUUUCUAUAUAAAGAUAACUAUACAUGAAAGCCUCAGAUCAUUCAGGAAUUCUACCAAAUGCUGUAGUACCGUAGAAUAUUAAAUGGCUGAAAGUGGUGCUGAUGUAGUGUAGCAGUGAAAAUCAGGCGCCAAGUAUAUUUUUGGCUCCAGAUCUGCAUUAUCACCAGACUGAUGUUCUCUGGGCAUCACCUUACAACAGUUCAUGCUUUUAUUUUCUAGCCGCAAUGCAGAUCUGGAUGCAAAUAUAUACUAGAUUUCCAAAUGAGAUUAUUCUAAUAAGCAUUCAGCCUUCUAUCUUAAGGGUUAGCUUGAUGUGCUUAGCCAUUUAAAAUAAAAAGUAGAAAAUGGCCAUGAGAGAUACUAAUGUCUUUGAGGAGGAACUAGUUAGAUAAAAUCUUAAUCAUAACACACUGUUGCUGCAACACAGGGAAUUUCAUUAGACUUUAUGCAAGAAGCCGAGCAUUUCCUCUUUCACCUACUGUUUUGCAAUCCUCUUGCUUUCUGAACUAACAAUAGGGUUAGGGUUAGGGUGGCUCCACCACGCUGGAAAGAUUUUGAAUGGCCUUUUAAUCCAGUGCCCUGACCAUUUUGCUUAUUGCUCCAGGUAGUUUCCUAUCCCACCUCAGACUUCCUUCAACUACUUGCAUUCAGAGUCUCUCCUGGAAAAGGGAUCUGAAGACUUGGAUUUCCCAACAUCAUUUUGCAUAAGUGAGAGGAAAAAUUGCUCAGUUGAUGGAAAACCUGACCCAGCUUGUUUCUUGCCUGCUGGUGACAUUUGCUGCCUGCUUCCAUCUACUUUGCAGCUCGUAAGCAGACCACUGCCUUUCUGGCCAUGCAAAGCACGCUGAACUACCUCUGGAAAACGGAUGAUGUGUUGGGUCAAGGUGCCACAGCCAGUGUGUACAAAGCCCGUAACAAGGUGAGGAGGCUUUAUAUAUAUAACUAGGAUGCCCUGUGAGUGUGGUGUUUACUUAGCAAAGCAAUUACACAACAUAAAUUUGAGGCAUAACGGUAAAACGAGACUUAGAGCUGGAACAUAACAUAAUUGGCAUAAAUACAUUGGGUUGGAUACAGAUUUGACACAUGAGAAGUCAAUGGGGCAUAAUAUAGUCAUGAUCCAACCAAUUUAAUUUAAAUAAUGGGAAGUGGAGUAUUACCAGAGCAGCCCUAAGUGAGGCAGAUGAAGGUUAUACGGUUUAGUUAAGAACUGGUUUGAAGAUCCAAGCCCAGAUCAGAAGAGGAUUUGAGAGCUGGGAUGCCCCUAGAAAGCUAGACUUGCUUUUUUUUUACCAUAAUAAGUCUUGUGAUUUUUGUUGUCAGGGCUGUUUCAAGUGUAACUCAUUCUCAUGAGAAGCUAAGGUGGCAGAGUUGCCUGAAAACUGGGUUGCUUCUAGAAAAAAAUGCCACCACAGGCCCUAUUAAUGCAUGUGUCUUCACAUUAACAUGGCUGCUUGGAGCACAAUCAUGCUCAAUGUGGCUGCUGCGAUCUUGAGUGCGAGAGCAGAGCAGAGCUCUGCCAUUGGAGGAGUUUGUGCUGAUGUAGCAAAAUUCACAGCAACUGUGUGUAGAGGUGCAUCAAACAAAUGGCUAGUGUGUUCAAAGCUACAAUUGUGACCUAUACAGCCCUGGCUUGAGACCAGGUAACGUGAAGGGACACCUUCUCUCAUAGACGACUGAUCAAAUUUUGAAAUCUUUUGCAGAGGCUCCUCUCUCAGUCCUACCAAUAUCUGGGACACUUUUGGGGGAGUUCUGAGAUGAGGUAUUCUCAGUGGCUCUGCUCAAACUUUGGCACUCCCUUCCUAGGAAGGCUUUCUUGUGUUUCUUAUGGCCUCCAUCGAAGUGCCUAUACUUUUUUUUAUUUAUUUAGGCAGGCCUCCAGCCUCUGGAACUAGCUCUGGGAAUUUUUAAAGCAACAGCUCGUUUUCACCUGCUCACUAUUUAUCCCCCUCCUCCUUGUUCCUUUUUCUUUGGAUGACAAGCUUUAUCUGCUCUUUAUCUUUAUCUUCUUAUAGGUCUUUUUAUUGCAUUUUUAUUAUUUCUGAGCACCUUGGGUGCUAUAUGGAGGAACAAAUGAUAUAAAUGAAAUCUGUAUCUGUAUUGGAUUUGAAUCUGGGCUUUUAAAAUUGUUAAUCACUUCAGAAUAUUCUACAGAGCAAAUGAAAUAGCUGGAACCCAUGGGAAUAAGUAAACAAAAUAUGGUGACUUGUCUGCUGCAUGUUUUGGAGAUGUGCCUCUCUCCUCCUUCAUGUUUACAUGCUGCAGGGUCAUACAGAAUGAAUAAAGGUUCCUGAAACCCUGCCCUUUGUCCCCCCCUCCCCCCCAGAAAUCAGGAGAACUGGUUGCUGUGAAAGUCUUCAACAAUGCCAGUUACAUGAGACCUCAGGAGGUGCAGAUAAGGGAGUUUGAGGUGCUGAGGAAGUUAAACCACCAGAACAUUGUCAAGCUUUUUGCCGUGGAAGAGAUUGUAAGUUGUGGGUUUCACUCUCAAACAAAGGCUGAUUUAUGUGUUAUGUUUGGUGUAAUAAUGGUGGCAUUGUGUAACACCCCACUAAAACGUAUCUUAACUGAACACUGCAAUUACUGAAUCUUGUUUAUCAAGGAUGUUUAUACGGUGUGUAUAUGUUCUCCCCUCCACACAUAGCAUACUGUUACUUUAGCCUUGCCUGAACAGCACUUCUGUUUAUCAGGUCACUUGUUUAUACUAAAUGUGCCAUGUGGAGUUAUUUGUUAUUUUUGUCAAUGACACAUCAGCAUGUUGGACAACAUUGCCUUCUUCGGCACAGCAUUCAGAUCAGAGGUAGGCAGUGUGGUGCCCUCCAUAUGCGCUUGGACUGCAGCUCCAACCUGCCCCAGCCCGCAUGACCUGUAAGUCCAGCUUGAUAAGAGUUAGGAGUUCAACUUUGUCUGGAGGACACCACUUGGGUACCCUUGAUUUAGGCACUUGCUGACCUGCUAGCCCAUCAAAGAAUCCCUACUGCUGCCUUAAUUUGUGCCAGGGCUCCAUUUUCAAUGAAGGAGUAGGGCCAUAGUUCUGUGGUAGAGCAUCUGUGUGCAGCGGCUAUAAAAAAAGGGAAAUUCCAUGCAUGUAGGAAGGUUCCUGGCAUAUCAGGGUAGGGCUGGGAAUCCGGGAAUCCUGGAGUGGUGCUGCCAGUCAGAGUAGACAGUACUGAGGUAGAUGGACUCAUUGUCUGACUUGGUAUAAGGCGGCUUCCUAUGUUCCUAUUUAACAACGUGCCAAUGGCCUACAUCUUUCUGGGAAUUUCCCUUCCAUAUCUGUGUACCACAGAAUGUUAUCAACCUCUCAAAAUCCUGAGGUUUGAAAGUGUUUCCAGACAGUGAGAUUAGAGGGAAAGCAACUCAGGCAAGGGUAGCCAGUGUAAUAUCUGUCAGGUGUUUUAGACCAUAACUCACAUCAACCUUAAAUAGGGAUGAUUUAAAUGCCACAUUGACUACCUCUGAACAAAAAAAUUGUCUGAUUGAAGCUUUUCCUAAAUAAUAAUAAUAAGGUCCUCUCAGCUUGUAGAGAGCCAGUAAGACAGUAAGACUCUAGUAUGCUAUAGGCAGGGUGGUUUUUUAAUUCAAAACUUAGGAACACACAGAAUUCAAUCAUACAUUUUUUCCUACCUGCAUUCUGAAGUGGUAUAGUUUCAGGAGAGCUGUACUGUAUAGUUUUUUAUUCUUUUUGCCUAAGCACACUUGAGCUUUAAGCACACUGACGAAUUGGGGGACGGGCGGGGCGGGGGCGGGAAUUCCCCUCAUAAGGGAAUAGAGGAAUGAGUGUUCAUAGCUGUGAAGGAAGUAGAAAAUGCAAACAAGGAUAAGAGGCAGUUCCUCUGCCUGCUGGCUUGUAUUGGAUUGUGCUGCCCCUGGUUUCCAAGUUUACUGUGCCAUUCUAUCUUUUGCAGUCUCUCCUGAGGACCAGUCUCAGCAUAUGUCACUUUUAGGAAUGAAAAGCAAAGGUGUCGUUUUGAGUGCUAAAUGCUUUUGUCACCCAUCCAGUCUAUACGCAAUGAGCAAUUAGUAGACUGGAAAAUCUUACCAGUCCCGGGGCAGUGAAGCAGCCAAGUGUCUGCGUUGUGACGAAUCUGUUCUCAGUGUGCAUUUAAGGGCUAGUGACUUGUUGUGUGGAAGUUACAUUCCAGAUGCAGCCCAUCCCAAUUUUUAACAGAUCACCGUAUGUGAGGAGUUUAUCCUUUCCCUCCCCAGCCAUGAUCAGGAUGAAAAAAUCCCACCCUCUCUGGCACAGCUACCAGGGUUAGAAACUAAUGGGAACUUUACACGCCCCCAUAGAAUGGGCGGGGGGGAUUUUUGUACUAAUCACAUCUAAGAAGGGAAGGAAUAAAUCUUCCCUGAAUUCCCAUGAGCUGUAGUCCUGAUCAAAACCAGAUCCCCUGCACCUGUAAUUAACUGAAGGGGAAAAAACAGACAUUGCUGCAUGCUAAACCCCUGUUAUCAGCAUGUGUGACGGUUGCGUGAACUACAGUGAGUCACGAAUGGGGUGAGCACAGUUGCACACAGAUCCUGCUAGUGGGCUUUCCGUGGGCAUCCAGUUGGCCAAAUGAGGACAGAAAUGUUGGACUAGAUGGGCCUUUGGUCUGAUCUGGCAGGACUGCUCUCAUGUUAAAUAAUAUGCAGAUUUCCCCCAAACAGUAGUAAUUAACUUGAGAACAUUGCUAAGAGGACUCAUUUUCAUCCUACGGUGGGAAUGUGCUUUGAGAUGCUGAUCCAACAUGACCUUGGGGGUCAAACCCAGAUAUAUACACAGGGAUAAUUUACCCUUACUGACUUCAGAUCACGUGCUUAUAUGGUCUCCUCUUCACUUCCUUCUGCACACUACUUCCAUCCUAUCAUUUGGAAAGAGACUCAAGAUACACACAGAGAUGAAGUACAUCAAAUGGGCAGGGACUGGGCUGUGUCUGAGAGUUGCUUACUUGCUCCCAUUACUUCGCUCUCUUCAGUUAGCUCUUUUCUGAAACUUCAUGUGGUGUAUAGCUAAAACAAAACGCAUGCACACCCCUUUGCUCGCAACUGCUUUUACCUUUUAGGAGAAUGGAUUAAAGCCCCCGUAUUUUACCAAUGAGGUUAAAAGCAGCUUUGUGGAUUUUCAGCAGGGGAAAGAAACAGCAUAAAGAGAAAGGCUUAAGAAGCCCCCUCCCCACUUGGUCUUUAUCUUUCCCUUCAAAUAACCAGACUCAUCAGUUGUAUUGUGUAUUGUGUAUGACAUGUAUUAGCGCCCUUAGUCUUGCAGGGGAUUUAUGCUAGCUUCUGCUGUUGCAGCAUGAGAUGAUUGGAGCACUAGCACAUUCUGUAAUGGAGUGCAUGCUAUCAGGCAUACAGCUCAGCCCCCAUAAGGUGGGAUUUCAUUUUUGCCCUCAAAUUCAAACACAGGAAAGCUGCAAACAGAAGGUGUUGGUGAUGGAGUACUGUUCAGGUGGGAGCCUGCUGAGCCUCUUAGAAGACCCAGAAAAUGCCUUUGGCUUGUCAGAAUCAGAGUUCCUCAUAGUGUUGCACUGUGUAGGUAAGUAAGUGUGACUGCUCUGUGGGCCAAGAUGAACCUUACAUCCUACAAAUGACUUUGCACAGCCUUCAAACAUAAUGCUUCCUGUGUUCCAAUACAGUGCCAAACUAGAUGUGACAUUAUUCAUCGCCUUAGCGAUGGUGUGUUUACUUUUUUAAACAUAAGUAGCAAGCAUGUGGGCAGCCAAGCUGGAUCAGGAUCACAGUAUGGGAGGGUGGGGGCUUUAAGCCUUUGCCCCUGACAUGGCUCUGAUUGCAGUUGCCCCUACCUCACACAUGUGCCUACAUAAACUAUUCACAAGUGAAAUCUGCCAUGGUCUGGAAGGAUUAGUUCCAAUCAGGACCCAGAUAGGGACAAAUACAUAAAUCCCUCUCCACCACAAACAGUCCCAAUCCAGUUCCAAUGCCCCCCCCCCCCAUGUAUUGGUUAAUGAGCAACUUAUAACCAGAGAUCUAAACCAUGGUUUAAUAAACCAUGGUUUAGCAUUACGUGUGAACCAGACCAUUGUGUAUCUUCAUGUUACUUUUGUCAUGGGAGAAAGCCCAGAGAGACCAGAAAAUUCUGAUUCCUGUUAGUGCCUUUUUAUAGAAGAAUGAUCACAUCUUUCUUCCUUUUUUAGUGGCUGGCAUGAACCAUCUCCGUCAGAAUGGGGUUGUCCACAGAGAUAUCAAACCCGGAAACAUCAUGAGGCUGGUUGGAGACGAUAACCAAAAUAUCUACAAACUGACUGAUUUUGGGGCUGCCCGAGAAUUAGACGAUGACGAAAAGUUUGAAUCAGUUUAUGGGACAGAAGAAUAUCUUGUGAGUAAAGUGGAAUGCUGGAGAUUUUUUUAUUAGUAAAAGAAGGCUGAAGAUUCCUACUGACAGAUAAUUCGGGGGGGGGGAUCUUUUUUGCAGCUGGAACACGGAGAGCUGGAUCAUUUUUUAAAAUAGAAAAAUAGGGUCAUUUCAGAGUAGACAUUGCAAUCUUCUGUUUCCAGAAGAAAGGAACAUUUAAUGAAAGUUACUGUGCUUUGUGCUAUUAGGGUGGUUACGUUUGGGUAACCUGCAGAGUCAUCCAAUGAAGCUGAAGAAUGGGUAAUUCAGAACAGAUGAAAGAAAGUAUAGGCUGAUUAAUAAACUAAAGAAUUUACUGCCCUAGGAUGUGGUGGGGGCUUUAAAAUGGGAUCAGACAAAUUCAUGGAGAAUAAAGCUUUCAGUGGCUGAUAGUCAUGAUGGUUGUGUUCUACCUCCAGGUUAAUCAAGCUAUUGAUUAAAUUUGCAUAAAUCUAUAUCUGGAUAAAAUUGAUAUUUCUGAAGCAAGAAGCACAUAAUCUUCACUUUAGGUUAUUCACAUUUUAUAGGCAUUCCUCUCGUUUGGGAGAGAAAGGAUAAUACAGUACAUUUUUUAAAGAUAGUGCUUUCCAUCUCCUGUUUUUAGACGUGAUCUUAUUUAAAAAUAUAUUUUCUAAAAAACUGCUGCUUGAUUUAAUGGGAGGUAGGGGUUUUUUAGUUCAGUCAUUUAUCUGUUUUAAUCUAACUGAUCAACUGAAUGUUGCAGAUUUAAUUUUAGCACGCAUUGCUUAUUUUAUUCCCUAUUUCAUUUGUGGCUUUUAAAUGCUUGAAUGGCCUUGAUACUAAAGCCGUCUUUCCUUUUCCUUUUCUUUUCUUUUACCUUAUCACUUAAAGCACCCAGACAUGUAUAAGCGAGCAGUGCUGAAGAAGCCCCAACAGAAGGCUUAUGGGGUGACUGUAGAUCUUUGGAGUAUUGGGGUGACAUUUUACCAUGCAGCCACAGGCAGCCUCCCAUUUAUCCCAUUUGGGGGACCACGCAGGAACAAGGAAAUCAUGUAUGUAUUUUGUAUGUUUUCUUGAUUUGCCUGCUUUAUCUCUUCUUCACACACUAAAAAGUGGGGGGUGGGGAGAGAGGAGGGAACACAACACAUCCAAAUUAAUGUUAUAUAUAUCUGUGUAAGGGUGAUAAUCUCACCAUUCUUGCUAACUCCUAAAGAUGGGGUGCUUCAUUCAACAGGUACAAAAUAACAACUGAGAAACCUACUGGAGCUAUAGCAGGAACCCAAGAGCAAGAGAGUGGAGCCAUCAUGUGGACCUAUGAGCUUCCAAUCACAUGCCGGCUUUCUGUGUAAGUAGAAAGGGAUUGGAUAAGCUAAUGAUUAAGAGUGUUGGAAAUUCUGCAGCACAAUCUCUUUCUUACCUUAAUCCUUACCCGGGAGUAGGUCCUGUUGGAUGUAGUGGGACUUGCUUUUGAGUAAAAUGCACAGCUCAUAUUUUUUAUUAUCAAGGCUCUUUUACACAAUGCAGGUCAUGUUUGUUUGUUUUUGUUAUCUAAUUGUGUGUGAAAGGCACAUAGAUACCCACCCACAUACACAAUUUGCAUCUGAGAGAUCGUGGAACUCUGGCAGGCUUUAAGAACCUCCAUCAAAUUGCCUCAUCCUCAUUUAAACACAUCUAAAUCAGUGCUUAUCACCACAUCUCAAGGCGGGGGUUCCACAAGUUUGUAUUUUCGGCUGUAAAAGGCUCCCAGGUAGCUUACAUAUAUCAGUGAAAAGACAGUCCUUGCCAAAAGGCUUACAAUUUAAAAGACACAACGCAAAAGAAAAUGGGGUGGGGAGCGAGCAUGAAAAACGUACGCCUGGGCACUAGUUCUUAGUUGCAUAAUUAUGCACUGUAUGGAAAAAGUUGCUUCCCUUUGUCUGUCCUGAAUCCAUUGCCAAUUUCAUUGGGUGACGUCAAGUUUGGAUGCCUAUUAGAGAUGAAUAAAUAUUUCUGUCUAUUCCCUUACUGCAUACCAGAGGCAGGCAUAGGCGUGGUUAGUUGCUUCAUGCCCUUGGUUGGCAUCUAUUCCUUACCAGUAACAUUUAAACAACUGCAGAUCCCAUAGAGUUGCAAGGAUGACGUGGAUUCCACUUAAACCAGCACCCCCCUACUCAGUUGUGUCCACUAUGUACGACUGUGGGUAGUACGUAGGUCGAGAGUAUGGAACUUUCUUUCUUCUUUUUUGCUCUAGAGGAUUGCAUUCCUGUGAAGCAUGACAUCUCUUCAAUAAUUGAAUGUGAAUGGGUUUUUGUUUGGGUUUGUUUUUUUCAUUGGAAACAUAUCCCAUCAGGCAGGGAUACUAUUAAAACAGAAGCUGGGCCUUCUGUUUUUGCAGGAUCUGGCCACAUUAGUUAAGAGCAAUCUGAUCAGGCAGACUUAAUAACAACACCCUCUUUUCAUGCCAGCACUUUGACAGACAGACAUUCCGGGGGUGCGGUGGGUAGAAAUAGAUUGUCUCUGCAAGACUGGCUGCUCUGGCCAACUCGCCAGCUGCUCUGGCUUACAGCAUCCCUCUGCUCUCACUGCUUUUCUAGAAGAUGAAGACCCUCUUUUAGGGAAGAGGGCUUAUUUUUGCUCAUCAGGCUGGUUUGAAUGAGGGAGCAAAGAAAGCUUCUUGAGUGGUUUCAGGAAGAAGAAAGAGUGUGACUCGGGCAAGAGGCAGGCUGCAGCUCAGAAAACCAACUGGAGCUCUGGAAGCAUAUUUAAGGUGCAAGAGGCCCUUCGUAGAAAUCUGAUGAGGGAAAAUAUCUAUUGUGGUAUUAAUGCUGUAAAUCUCUCUACCUAUGCUCAGCCUGAAUCUUUGUAAAUAAACACAAAUAUUACUAAAUGCCAGAAGGGUCCUGUGCCCUUAUUCCAAAGGAAACUGAUUCACACUGGAAGAACUUCUCACUGCUUGGAAAACUGGGGUCAGCAGUAAUGUCUGGGUUUACUUCUCUACUCCUUACAGUGGGCUGAAGAGGCAGCUUGUCCCCAUCCUGGCAAGCAUCCUAGAGGCUAAUCAAGAGGAGUGCUGGGGCUUUGAUCAGUUUUUUGCUGAAACCAAUGACAUCUUGCAUAGAAAGAUAAUCCACGUCUUUUCUUUGUCGCAAGCUACCAUGCACAAGAUCUACAUCCACUCCUACAACACGUAAGGAUUGUUGCCUUGGGCAGAGAAGGGAGUAGAAUCCAAGUGCCCUAAUCUAAUGCUCAGGCCAGAGUUUUACUACAGGUUGGCAAAUUAGCUAUAAAAUAGUUGAGAAAGCUUAAGUUGCAUAUAAAUAACAAUAUCCAGAACUGAGGAUUGCUGUUGUGGCAGCGCUGCAUUCUAGAGGUGGAAAGUUGAGUUCUGGGUUUUUGAAUAUCGGAGAUAAAGUAUUUGGUUAAAUAAAUAGCUGAUGUGCCUUGCUAUUAUCUCACAGGCACUGGGUGUUUUGGAAUUGCUGUAUAAAGAAAUAGGGUGACUCUUAAAUUGCUGUUUCCUCUUAGUUUCUGACAAGAUAAGAAUAUUCAGCUGCCUGUUUUUUUAUGAAUGACUAUUGAGAACCUAUUAAUUCUGCAUGGCACAAAAACUUUGCUGACUUCACUUCUAGGAAGCAGUAGGUGGGUCACAGUCAUGUUCACCUGGGUGAUUAAUGUUAUGACGGAAGCCUUAGGGAGAGUAGUCAUCUAGCAGAAUAGUAAUCUACGGUAGAAUAUAUGAAAUAGGUUAAGGCAGAAAGCCUGAAUGGUCCUGCAUCAAUUUAAGUGGGUCUAAUAAAAUAUCAUAUUAUUGAUUAUGAUGAUGAUGACUAUCAUCAUCAUCAUCACCAUCCACUACCAUCAAGGGUUUUUGCUUUGCCUGGUGUUCAGAAGAGAACAGCAGGCACUUUCUCUUGAAAUGUUAGUGUUCUGGGAGGAAGAGUUGCUCUGUAACUAUUCUUUUUAUCUUUGUUUUGAACAUUUUAUCCUGCAUUUCUGUUAAAAUAAUCACGGUGACUUGGGAGACUAGUGUGACCUUAAGUAAGUCUCUGUGGUCCCUAUUUGACAAUAUUUGACAGGGGAUAGGGUGUCAUUUCAUUCCCUACAUCAGGUCUUUUUAACCCAGUUUUGAAAAGCAUCCAUUCACCUACUAGAAUCAGGAUAUUUUGAAUAAUUUAUUGAAUGUGAGAACAAAGCUGGCAUGGCAAGCUUUCCUGGGGAAGGAAUUCUAGAGAGGGUACUACUGCCUGUCUUGGAUAAAGAAGGGGUGCUGCUUCAUUGUAAAUGAAAACAAUGAUCCUUUGUCCCUCUGCUUCGUAUUCUUCAGAGUCCCCAUAUUUUUAGAAGAUGUCUUCAGGCAAACAAAUAUACCUCCCCAUCACCAGGAGUAUUUCUUUGAGGGUUACUCCUAUGAACUGGAGCCUAACCUGCAAGCACAUCGUUUCCCCAAAACCACUGAAACCUGCCCUCUUAUCAUGCUGAGCACAGAACUUCGGGAUCCAGUGAUGCUGAGAUACAGAGAUCGUGAGUUUGUGUAGUUUUGCAUGCACGUAAUCUCUUUGCCUGCCUUGAGUAGUUGCUUGCUAUGACUCUGCAUUCAUAACUAGGUCCAUACUCAUUUACUCCAUACAAAAUUGGCACCAUAGUCCUGUUUAUAUGGAACAGAGAUAGAACCCAGGAAGUUUCCUGCUCUGUCGUAGACUGGCGUUCAUAAUCACCCAUACAUAUCCAUAUUUGGGGUUUGCAUAUUUUGGGCACUAGGUGUCAGUGUUCCACAGCUGCAGAGCGACAGCGUUUCUUUCCUAAUGGGUGCACAUUUUGUCCAACAUUCACUAUGGUUUCUGUUGCAGCAAUGUCUUUUCCUUGAUAUGGAAUGUGGGGAAAGCUUGUGCUUUGAUUUUUUUAUUUUGUUUUUGUGUUUCAGCUGCUUUGGAAUUCCCAAAAUUCCCCCCAAAAGUUGAUGUCGUUGCAGAUUGCAGCACAGCAAAGGUAUACCUUGCUUACAAGCUUAGGAAGACUAGGGGCAAUUUGGAAGGGCUGUUCCCUGUCUGUUUCUUACCCAGACAAUACAAGAAUUGAAGGCUUAUGGCUGCCACCUGGGUUCAUGUGCUCCGAUAUCCAGGAAUGGCUAGGAAAAGGAGUAGAUCAGGCUACAACUCCCAUGAUCCCUAGCUAGCAGGACCAGUGGUCAGGGAUGAUGGGAAUUUUAGUCUCAAAACAUCUGGAGAGCCGAGGUUGAGGAAGCCUGGAGUAGAUUAUUCAACACACCCCUCUUUUUCUAUCAUCUAAAUCUGUGGUCAGAGAGAGAUGAACCACACUAGCCUAAGCCCCAGGUGAUUCAAGUGGUGGGAAGGAGGAGAGAGAGAAACAUUGCCCAAACCAUUCCAGCUACUUAUCCAGCUGCAUCCGUUUUGAUUCCGGGGGCUGACUGCAGCUUAAAAGGAUAAACGACCUGCUGGAUCAAGCCCAAAGUGUCGCUCAUAAAAUUGUUUGCAACUGUGAUAGUUAGAUGGCAAGCAAGGCUGCAACCUUCACCUGUGUCAUUUAGCAGAUAUAUAUCUGUACUUGGAGCUUCCAUUGAGUGAUAGCCACUGAUACGCAGACUUUUUGGAACCAUCUAAACUAGACUUCUUUAUGCCCCCUCCAACCUUACUGUCUUUGGAACAUGUGCAUCAGAAUGCUUCCUCCCCACAGCUGAUUUGCACUAUAAAAAUAUCUCUGCUUCAGACAGUGACUCUUAAGCCUUGAUCUCACUUCAUUUCUUGGCUGUUAUGAAAAUGGAGCAAAAUAUCUCAGAUGAGCUGUUGCACUGAAAAUGGUUUUGUUUUCGUGGUUGUUGAUGUUUUUGCUUUGGCAGCUUCUUUAAACAAAAACAUAUAUUUACAUUAAUAUUAAAAUGCUGUGGAAUGCAAGUUUGUGGAAAUGUGGAAAAGGGUUAAUGGAUAUUAAAACUCAAAUAGCAUAAUCCAGAUCCCCCUCCUAUGAUGAUGGAAACUGGAGUCCAACCAUAUCCAAAGAGCCACAGGUUAGCCUCCUUUGCCUUAAAGGACAAAUAUUUCCAGCUCAAAAUCCCCCUUCCCUCAUUCUGCUGUGCUCUGCUCCACUCUUGGCUUCAGGCAGGGAGAGGGAGGGAAUUUCCUAUAAUCGCCAGCCUCUUUCCUAUUCGGCAUUCUCCCUCCAUCCCCAGCCACACAUUAACUCCUGGUUUCUUGUCGUCUACACCAUCUCCCUCUAAGUGGUAACUUUCUAGGGUAUUUUUGGGGCCCACCUUAAUUUUGUGAUAGAACAUUGUUUUAAACGGUUUUUUAAUAUUGUGUUUUAAUGUUGUAACGCAUCCUGGGAUCUUUGUGUGAAGGGUGAUUAAUUCUUCAUCAUUUCUGUGAUCAUGUCUCCGUGUAUAUCUGGGAACUCCGCAAGGUGGCAGCACUGCAGUAUACAGGGCAAUCAUAUACACCAUUGCUUUAUCCUUUAGGGUGUCCUGACUGCAACUCACCAGACGUUGAGGAUAUCUCAGUCCUUUCUGCAGUGUCAAGAGCUCAUGCUCAGAGGCCUAUAUUGGGUGAGGUAUGUAAAAUAUCUCCUGCUGGUGCAUUGCAAGCGAUACAGCAGGGUCUUUUUUGACAGCUGAUUAAGGUGCCUUCAGCUUCAGUUCAGAUCAUUCAUUUCCUCCAGCUUUCCCAAACAGCUUACAUCAUGCACAUGGCUGCCCAUAGGCCAUACACCACUAUUGCCUCUUAUAGCGAGUGAGCAAAUGUUCACAACUGCUUGCCUAAUUUGGGCCAUUGUUCUCUGGCAAAUGACAUGUUUUCACUGUCUGCCCCCUUGUUGUUUUUUCCUGUUUCUUUUUCCACUCAAGUCUCUUUUGCUCAGCAUUCAGACUUGCCACAUGAAGGUGAUGAGGACUGUGCUGGCCUGUCCUCUUGCCCUUGUCCCUGGGGGCAGCUAUUCCUGCCUAGACACAGAGAGCUUUCUACAUGUAUUAGACCUGCGGGCUUGCACAUGCACAGACGAAUGCACAUUGAGCAUUGGGUACUGCAAACUGUGUAGAUGUUAGCUUCAAUUCACAAGUGGUCUAGAGAUGGGCUGCAAGGUGGGAAGUGCAAUCCGGAUCCUUCCCUACUUGGUGACUUUGAACAUUUGUGUUAAGGUCCCCGUUAUCCUUCUGCAAAGCAGUGAGCAAUGUAGCACCCAGGUUUUUAUCGGUGCUCCUCAUUCACAGAAGCAUAGAACUGUAAAGAUGGAAGGGACCCUGCGGGUCAUCUAGUCCAACCCCCUGCAAUGCAGUUAUUUCAACUAGAUCAUACAUGACAGAUGGCCAUACAACCUCUGCUUAAAAGCCUCUGAGGAAGGAGAUUCACGCCUUCUGAGGGAGUUCAUUCCAUUGUCAAAUAUCUCUCGUCAUUGGACAGUUCUUCCUGAUGUUUAGUCGGAAUUUCCUUUCUUGUAACUUGAGCUUCUUUUUACCCACUUUAUAAACUUAAAAGGCAACAAUGAAGCACUUGGUGCUUUAUUAAAACAAUAUGCAUAGAUCCAGAUGAAAACUUUGAGUAGGGGUUUUAUAGAUUCAGUGUUUCCAGCAUAAUGAAUGUUAUGUGAUAACAUUUUCAUUGCUCUGUGCAAGUUUGCUUUUUUUCAAAAUAACCAGUUUCCAGCCUAGUCAGUGGAACACCAUGAAUUUGCUUCAUGUUACAGAAAUAAACAGGCAGAUAGUAUGGAAAGUAGGGUGGUGAUUAUGGCAGGGCAGACAUGCCUGUUGACUUUAAACCUUAUAGCUAUAUAACUCUUCAAUAUUGGGGGUGAGUGUGUGCAGAAUGAAUGGAUACAGUGGCUUGAAUUGUCACACUUUCCAACAUGUCAGGAAUUAUUUUCUGAAUAUAGAAUGUCAAAACGAGACAUGGAGACAAUCAUGUGGCUAAUGUGGGAAGGAGCAGCUGAGCUGAAGGAAACAUUAGCUGGUUUAUAGACCAGAAACAAUGUCUGUUCCUGGCUACUCCAUACAUUUUGUGGAGAAUCCAGUUAACUAAUAAACUCCAAGGCAUUCUUAGAACAGUCAUUUCUCACAUUGUGCACAAAAGGCCUCAAGUUCCAUUACAAGAAAGGGUUUAUAUAAAGAAGCAUAGAGUUGUAAUCACUCAUUAUAUAAUAUAUUUAUCUAACUUAAACAAGGCUGCUUCCAAUGCAGUGUAUACUCCAGAGCAGCAGUGGCUGGAGUGGGGAUGGGACUAGAACUGAGCUGAAAUUCCUCAGAAAUAUAACUCUGUAUUCGGCAGCAGGAGUGGAAGGGCAUCUUUGUCUUUGAACCAGCUUCAGGUAGGGCACAAGUACCUUUGUCCUCAUAUUCUUCUCCAAGCUCACAUUUCCUACACCCAUGUAUGUUUUGGUACUCCCAUACUAUAGCCUUCCUCUGAGCUUUACAGAAAACCAAUAAUUGGCUGUAAGGGCCAGACAAAAUCUAAGGAGGUCCUUAGAUCAUCGGUUGAGACAUCCCUGCCCUAAAAUAUGGGGGGGGGGGGGGAGAUGUCAAAUCAACCUUGCCUUUCCUUCUAAAAUGCACUGCAAACAAAUCAGUGGUAUCUUAGACCCACAUACUCCUGACUGCCGAGCUAUAUAUUGCAAGAGAGAUCCGUGAUUGGUUCUCCCAUUUCCCACCAAUAAUUGAACUUUUGCUUUUCAGGCAGCAGCAGCAGGGAAAGGCAGUGUUCAAUCCUUGCUUUUGUGCACUGUUUUCCAGAUCAGAAUCUCUCCCAAAGUUGCCCUUCACUGUGCAAAGCAGGGGGUGGGGGAUCCAGGCAUUUUUGCUGUGGGUGGGGAGUGGACAGCUCACUUUUAUGUUGUCAAGAGAAGACAAGUCUCCAUUUAAACAGGGAAUAAGUGGAAGAUUGUGGAAGAUGUGUUUUUACAGCAUAAAUGCAAGUCUAUGCAAGAGACCUGAGGCCCAUAUAACCAGAAAUUCUGGUGUUGCCUUUCUUUUUUUUCUUUUUUUCUUUUUUUUGCAGUGAGACCCUGAAAUUGGAGUGUCUGCGGAUUCUAGAGAAGCAGCAAGGUGUGAUGGCAACACUCAGUUCCUUGCAACGAGAAGAGAUGAAGGUUCUGCUGCUGUAAGUGUUGCUUUUCAGUGGUAACUGUGACACUGCAGCCAACUUAAAACCCAACAUGCAUUACACCAGUGGAACCCCCAGGACAGAACCUGGGAGCCAAUGCACGGGGCCCUAUUCAGCAAAAUUUGAAUGAGCUGGCCCAGACUCAGCUGGUCAGGCUUACCACAUUUUGAAAUUACACAUUGAAAAACACAUUGUCAUCUAUAGAGAGGGGACCUAUAAGACCAUUAAAUUCAGAGGCUUAAAUUACUUAACUGCCCUGCUUCGUUGCAUAAGAGGAGUAUUCUGUCCUGCAGAAAGAUGCCAGGGUCUGAGGCCCAAGUUCAGAGAAGUGCUUCGAUUAUCAUGGGGUUAAUAAUGCUUUGGGAUUGCAACUGCCUUCUCCCAAUAUUAGAUGGACAAUAUAUCUCUUGUCACGGGUGCAGUGGGCUUUCUGCUUCACAUGUGUGUUUUGUACGUGUGCUUUCCAUUUCCAAGAGGAAGGUGCAGAAAGACUUCUUCCCUCUCAUUCUGCAAUACGUUUGUGUGUGUACAUAUGCAUAUAUGUGAUCAAAGACAUAUCUCUUGAGGACAGAAGGUUGGAAGCUUCUUUGUAUUCUGGCAAAGUAGUCCUUGUUUGUUUUUAAAGGGGAAAAUGCUUUGCUUCAGUAAAUGGACAAACUGUUAGGUGGGCCAGUUUGCAAUAUCUGGACAGAAAGCGAGCAGAGCUAUGUUCUUUGAGGAUUGCUGCCUAAUUUGGCUUUCCUGUGUUCACAAAGGGAGAUAAAUCAAAGUUCUUGGUGGGCAAAUAAGAGCUUUCCAUGAAGCACAAAGUGGCUUUAAAAUAUGUUGCCUGGUCAACCCAGGAGGGGCGAGAUGCUCUAGUCUAAACCAAUCAAGUCUCAUUAUCGCUUAUCAGUUACCCAGUCUGCCUUUAAAAAAAAAACCCCAAACCCCAUCUGCCUCAUGAACAAUGGACAGGGCUGCAAAAAUUCAAGUGCCUAGAAGCGCCUGACAGCUAGGUUGGGUGAAAGGUCAGAUGCCUGGUUUCUCUUCCUCCUGUGUGUGCUGCUGUUUGUAGAAGCAGAUGGCAGCAAAGAAUGGAUGGAUCAGCAUGUUUCGUAUCACAUGUGUUUCACAUGUGUUCAUUCAUAUGUCUGUUCUAUCCUAUUUUUGUGUUAAUUUUUAGUUUCCUGUAAAUUAGAAGCCUUCAUGAGCACAGGAGGCUCCCUGCUGCAGAGGUUUGCUCCUCAGCUCAUGGGCGGGCGGUGUAUACCAGGGGAAGGUGUGGCAUGAAAGCUGGUGGGCCUUGCCAGUACAUACAACCCACUCUUCCUCAUGUGAGUUUCAGAGCAUGAAGAAACAGCACACCUGAAUAGGUUUGGCCUUUAGUCCGCUUCCUCAGCAAAAUACUUUUCCUCACUACUUCAGUUCACAAACUGUAGCCACUGGCUAGGGUAGAGGUAAUCAAGAUGGUGCCCAUGGGCCUAGCCAGGGGGGCAGCUCCCCCUCCUCAAUCAAGUAAAUAAAUAAAAAUACCUAAACCAAUUGCAUCACAGAUAACUUGGUUCUGCCUCCCCGUAACAUAAAGCCUGCCCCCAUAAAAUAAAUCCUGACUGCGCCCAUGUUGGUGCCCUUGGGCUAGAGCAGCCUUUCUCAACCUUGGGUCCCCAGAUGUUGUUGAACUACAACUCCCAUCAUCCCUUGCUAGCAAGACCAGAGCUCAGGGAUGAUGGGAGUUGUAGUCCAACAACAUCUGGGGACCCAAGGUUGAGAAACACUGGGCUAGAGGGACAGCUCAAGUCAAGUCAUGAUUAUUUCCAGGUAUGCUUCAGCUCUGUCACCUCACAGUUGAGCUCUGUCUGAAUGGAAAGCAGCAGAAGGUAGCAGCAGAAGACCAGAAUCGUUCCAAGUCAACUAUCCUCUCACUAUUAACGCUCCGUUCUCCAUCUCACCAGCUCUUAUGUUUGCAGCCUUGGGGAAAGAUUUCUUCACAGAGCAGCCUAAAGCAGGGGUCAGCAAACUUUUUCAGCAGGGGGCCGGUCCACUGUUCCUCAGACCUUGUGGGGGGCCGGAUUAUAUUUUGGGGGGGAAAUGAACCAAUUCCUAUGCCCCACAAAUAACCCAGAGAUGCAUUUUAAAUCAAAGGACACAUUCUACUUAUGUAAAAACACGGACCAUCCACUGGCUGGAUUUAGAAGGCAAUUGGGCUGGAUCCGGCCCCUGGGCCUUUGUUUGCCUACCCAUGGCCUAGAGGCUUGUCCAGAUACCUCAGGGAACUUGGAGCAGUACUUCCCCAGAUCCAGAGGGCUUGUGCUGAUUCCCUUGCAGCCAGCUGCACUCAGCUUGAGACAAUUUGUUUGGGAUCAAGUGUUGCUUGCUAUCUAAAUGGUUGCCUUCUCACAUCCUCACUGUGAAGCUGCCCUGGGGAAAAAGAUAUCUAGGGUUGUUGUUUUCUGGAAUGCCUCCCAUUUGCCCAUUGGUGCCAUAUACUACUGAACCGGGAAUGUGGAAAAUCACCAUCUGGAGGAGCUAGGAGAUCAAAUUUUUCCACAGCAGGAAGCUCUUAGUGCCUACUAAGUGCAUCAAGAUUCACUGCUGCUUACAGCCAGGUUGUGCUAACAGACAAUUAAGGCCAGAGAAAGGGGAUAUAAUUUGGGUGAAAGGGGACAAUAAGUAGCCUCUUCUUCUUGGAGGGUUACCAGCGAUUACAGAGGCAACUGCACUUUUUGAACAUUUGUUCCCUGUUUCAUAGGAGCUUAGAGUAGUGGCCGAGUCUGGCUGAGAUUUCUUAUGUUCUGUAUUACAGAGUACAGCAAAAAUAGUGGAGCCACAGGGAUGAAGUCAGAGAGCAGCACUCUAAUUUUGAGCUUUGUGCAAGUGGGGGAAAGGAGACUGACUGCUUAUUAAAUUUUUUAAAAGCAACGAUGUAGGAGGUUUAACAUGUUUGCAAGCCCAUAAUUACCCAAUGCCAUCAUCUGCCAGGAAAUGGCCCAAUAAAUGCACAACCUUCACUUCUCCAGUUGACACCUUGGCCUCUCUUCCAUGGGUCUCAGCUCUCCUUUCCCACCUCAUUCCCUGGGUCUUCUCAUUUCCAAAUACAGCUGCCUCUUUGUCCCACUUGUGUCCCUGUGUUGUUGUUUUCUCUCUCUGCUCUCCAUCUCAGACUCCUAAGCUUUGGUUUUCCUUUCCCUGCAGCUUGUACGUAGCUCCAAAUUCCUUUCCCCUUUGCUUUCUGGGAAACUGUGGUUUUACAUCACCACCACACACAGACACCAGCUAAGAAAACCACUGCAUUUUAAGUGCUGCCAUAUGUGGACUGUUACUGCAUGAGAGUUUCCUGUGAUGCAGUGGGUGGCGAACAAUACUUCUCUUCCCCACUCCCACCAUGCCAUUUUGAAAACUUUUUGCAACAGUUCUUCUUUGUAUUUAUGGAAAUUUCUUGGGUAAAUUGAAUAUUUUUUUCUGUUUUGGUUACUUUGCAGUUAUAGAGAUUGGUAAGCCCCUCUGAAGACUGAUCAGAAACUGUUCCUCUUUUUUUUUUUUACCCCAUUCACCAUAAUAGGUACAAGACUAUUGCUGGGGUUGGCGAGAUUCCAGAGAUUAAAGGCCUGGCGGAACUGAAAACAAGACUUCAAGCUGUGAGUUAUUCCCAUGACCACCUGUUAAUAGCAACUUAGACGGCUGAGAGUUCUGUGUGGCAACUUCUCUUGUAUGCAAAAGGUCUGAUCUAAGCCAGAGCUACUUGGGAAAAGAAGUAGCUUUGUAAUGAUUGAUUAACACAAAUGGGUUAAGGGAAUAGAGCGGGUGGUCUUCUUUUUGAUUGAUGGUUAUACAUAUAUACAUGUUGUACAUACAUGCUUAGCGUUGCUGUGAGAACUACGAUAAAGUUGGAUUGUAUCUAAUGACUUUAUACAAGUAUCCAUAAAAAUAUAUGCCUAAUGCAUGUGUGUGAACAAGAAAUGGUGGUUUUGUGUGUGUGUGUGUGUGAGUGAGAGAGAAAGAAAGAAAGAAAGAAAGAGAGAGAGAGAAAGAAAGAAAGAAAGAAAGAAAGAAAGAAAGAAAGAAAGAAAGAAAUGUAAGUUUUAUAAUAUGUAAGUAUAGAUGCUCUGAAGUGAAACAUUCUGGUCUUCCCUUUUGUCUUUUCUGGCUCAGGUUGAAGAAAUUUCUAAAUGUUUCCAAAGCAUCUCUGAUCACCAGUCGGUUGUGCAAUGCAUUCUGUCCGAUGUGGGAAAGAAAAGGAGUCAAAUAAAAGAAGUCAGAAGGUUGGUAGAAUAGUAUUUUCAGUGUUAAAGGCUGCAAGGCACUUACACAGGAGUAAGUCUAGGUGAGCACAGUGCGGCUUAAUUCUGAGUAGACAUACAUAAGCUUGAAUUGCAAGACUUAGUAUAAGAGUAAUGGUUGCUUAAAUAUCCACAUCCUAAAAAUCUAGAGGGUUUUGGUGAUAUCAAACCAUUCAUUAUCAAUAUAGUACAGAGGUUGAUUUAUUACAAGUGAUUUCCUGAGCCUGGUCCAAUAAGGGCCUAUGUCUUUGAUAUAACCCCAUUCCAAUGGUUGCAAGAGGAGGAAUAUAAUUUUCCUAGGGAACAGGAUAUUGUUGCCUUUGUGAUAACUCCAGAAUAGAUGUCCUCUUAGGAAGGGUCCUCUUCUAACCAGGCUCUUGUAGAUGGAUCACCUGUUCUAUGUGUUUUCAAGUAGCCAAAAGAAUACUUGUUUGUUUGUUCAUUUCAAAUUUCUUGUCUGAGGCUCAUGGGGUGGUUUAUAAUGUAAAAACACAAAAAUAUGUAACAUAAUAGCAAAUGAAAACAAUAUCACUCUCCCCGUGGAGUGGAAAGACUCCAUUUUAUUUAUUUAAAAUAUUUAGAUAUCACUUUUGUACCAAAAAGGCAUUCAAAGUAGUUACAAAAAAGGAACAUUAGAACAACAAACCUGAUGUUUAUUAGUUCGGUAUCAAUGUUUAAAAAGAACUAAACCCACCAAUAAGCAGCAGAUAAAAACAGUAUCCCUUGUAUAAUCUUUCUUACCUCAUCUAUGCCAGUCUAAUCAGUUCAGGUGGUAUUGCUUAUACAGUAAUAGGCUUUGGUUAUUGGCAUUCACAAGGAACUAGUUCUCUUUGUGGACUGUCACCUCUCUAACACCCCUCCUUACAAAGCCAUAUUAUUAAUGCUGGCCAGCAAAUGGCUUUGUGACACUGACUAUGAUGAGCACACCAUAAAAAUAAGUGACAAUGUAAACAUAGCCUUGAUUAAACUCCAGCCACUGGGGAAGCAAACAGCAGGUUUCCAAGUGCAAUCUAUUUUGCCUCUUCUGUCUGGAGAAGCUCAGCCAUGCUCUGUCUUCGUUGAUACCUUAAACAUGUCUCAAGAGAUCCUAUGUUCAAGCUUCAGGUAAUAAUAGUCUUGAGACCAGGGCCAAAAACAUCCCUCGGUCUGAAUAUGCAUAAUCCUCCAGCAGUAAAUAGCACAUCUCAGUGAAUGGAGCAGUGCCUGAUACCCCGCCUCCCGGAAAAAGCAGCUACAAUGAGAAUGAGUUGUGGAAUCAUGUUGAUGAGAUGCGAGGGGCAGUACUGAUAUGCAACCCAGGGAAGGAAUGAUGCCCUAGGAUGCUUCAGGCAGCAGUUUGAACCUGGCAGGAAAACCUUCACCAGCAUGUAAGUUUAGAAAUGAACACCUUCCUACACCUGUGAACAGGUGAGCUUGACUAGUGGAUAGCAUGCAAUCUCUCUACAUAAUUGAGACUACCAAAAAUGAGUUCUUGAAGUUGUGAUGCAGCCAUAUUGGCAGCUAGAGAAGUAUUAUAUGGCCUAUCAGCUGAAGCAUCAUUUGGAGAGAUAUCAUAUGGAUAGGGUGUGGUCAGGGAACAGGGCAAUAUAAUAGAGGUAAAAAGUGAGAAGCUCUUGGUGGAAAACUAUCUUGCCCUGGGGAGGAGGAUGCCUGGCCAUGACUUCAGACCUUCUGCUGAAGCUCUUCUCCAAGUGCCUUCCUCAGCUGAAGUGUUCUAAAACAGAAGGCUUCUUUGGUGCUGGUACCCCAGUAAUGGAACACACUUUGUAUCUUUUUAGUUGCUGCCACGAUAUUGUAAAUGUUAUGGUAUUAUUAUUUUAGUUUUCUUUGUUACUGUUGGAUGAAGGGUGGCUUGCAGAUAUUUUAAGUGCAUGCAGCCUGGUGAGUAACUGGGCUAGCAUUUUGAAGUCCUUUGCUAUGCUGCUGCUGCUGCUGGAGAGAGGUGAGGCUUGUAAUCAGGGAAACCUCCAUGACAAGUGUCACAGGAAGGAAAGGAGCAUCACUUGUUUUAGUGUCCGUUCUUGGAUGUGUUCAUUCCUCUCAGCUGACUGUCUCAGUACUUGUCAGCCAUGCACAGCUUGUACUGAUCUCAUGCUUGCCCAUGCAACAAUUGUGUGCAAUACUGGCUUAUAUGUGGGUGAUGCAUUUCAUGUUGGUGCAUAAGACACAGUUCAUUAUAGCUUCGUUUCUCACUUCCAACUUCGUGCCAAAAUGCUGAGCAAGCAGAAGCUCCCAUCCAUAUGCCUUAGUAGGAAAAUAAUGUUUCUUCAUUUAAUUUACAUUUCUCACAUUACAUUAUCUUAGCAAUUUGGCUGGUGAAAGUGGUUAGUUCACAUUCUCAAUUAGUGCUAAGGCUUCCACUAGAUGCAUCAUUCCAGCGUCUGGCACAGCACUCAGGGAUUUGUACAAGAAAACCGGCAUCAACAUUGGCCUCGCUGAGACAGAUUGAGUAUACCAGGAUGGAAGUUGCUAAAACCAGCUGCAAUGUUCUUGUCUGUCUGAGCUCUCUCUGUGCCUGAGCAAGUCUUUAAAACUGUCUGUGCUCCAGUUUCCCAUCUGUAAAACAGGAUUAGUAACUCACCUCUUUUCCUUGCAAAAAUGGUGUGAAGACUUAUGGAAAAGAAUGUAAUGGACCAGAUGCUGUAGUAAUGAGGAAUAAAGAAAUGGGGUGGGUGGGUAAAUACUUCAGAUAGAGAGUUAAUAGAGAAUAGUGGGCUUAGUGUAUAGACUUUGAGCCUUUGUUUUCUACAUGUUCAGAAGAGUUGUGUGGUGCAGAGCUGUUGCAUUUGGAUUAUCCUCCAGCCCAACAUAUUGAAAAUGAGAACAUCAGGAAUGAGACUAGGCAAGAACACAUUUUUCUGACAUGGAAAUUAUUCAGAGUAUGUAGCUCAGGUCUUGGCUAUCCUAGCUGGUAGUAAAUAAACAAACAUUUUAUAUCUCAAUUGACUUUGUAAUGAUACAGUUCAAGAUUUUACUGUUAGGAGUGGCACCAGAAAGGCCAAUGCAUCUUUCUCAGCAUCCACAGCUGUUUCUCCUGUUUGUGUCUUCUAGGGACAGACAGGUGUUGGUUCACUGACAUCAUUGAGGGCUUGCAAGAAAAAUUAUAUGAUUGUGCAUCAGUUUCUAGAUUUCUGGUGAAGGCUGCUCAUACUAAUAUUGCUUCUUGUGAUGUAAGACUGUGCUUGGAACAGAGCUAACAACGAGAGUUAGUGCUGUAGCUGUCUUGCCUCCCACUCAUUCCUUUCUGGACCAGGUCCACUGGGAGUUUUGUUACAGCAGACACAGCCCUUGGCUCAUGAUGGCAUUGAACUGAUUAGUUCCUUUCUUUCUAUCUUACAACUGGCUUCCCAAACUGGUUCCUCAGCAUCCAGCAGAUGGAGGCUUGCCUUGACAAGAUGCAGCUUAUCUACAACCAGUUCAAGAAGACCCGGAAAUGCAGGGGUGAGUUGCUAAUGUUGAUAGUCUCUCUUAUAUAAUCAUUAGCUUGCACAGAUUUCAUAAAUCAGAGGUCUGUUAGCCACUACCAGGGCAGGUAUGUCUUUAAAGCGUCUGAUUAGGCAGAUUCCUUGAAAUACUCAAAUAGCCCCAAGCAGGCAUCUUAGCAGCAGUAUCUUGAAACAAACAAAAAUGCCAGGUGGGCACUACUGUACUUGGGGAUUUGAGCCAUCCAUUCAGCAGCACCUGUACCAAUAAGAUAACAAUUCUGAAAGCUGUGGCUAAUCUCAAGGCUGCUCACCCCAGUCUGAAAAGUAUGGGGCUUGUGGCUGCCUUGCGUGCAGGUGCUCAUAUCUGCUAAGUGCCUGUGUUUAUUAACUCUCAAGUGCCAACAAAGUUUCUUCUGUCACAACAAAAGGGAAAGUUGUAAGCCUUGUUUUAUUGUGUGUGUGUGUGUGUUUCAUCCCUGGGGUCCUCAAAAACUGAGAAAAAUGAAGGAACGGCUUCUGGAUUGCAGGCAGAGGCAGAGGUAGUGAUGUGCUGGAAGCACCUAGAACAGAUGUGGAGGGCCUUUUGUUUUGCUGCAUCAAAGCAACAUGUAUAGCUACCCCUCUGGCAGUUUCUCCCCCACUCACCGCUCAUUGGUUUUCACUGGAAAUGUGACACCUCCCUGUUUCCUAUUGGGCUAUCUUGCAAUAUACCGUAUUUUUACGUGUAUAAGAUGCCCCCAUGUAUAAGACACCCCCUGUUUUGGGGGACUCCAAAUUAAGAAAAUACCCCUCAGCACUACCCAUGUAUAAGACGUACCCCAAUUUUAAACCUUUUUUUCUUAAAAAAAACUAGUCUUAUACACGGAAAAAUACAGUACUUUAUGUGAAUAAAGUAUUAAUCUGUGAAACUGCAAAGUCCUGAAGUCAUUCCCUGGAAAAUCUACUAAUAAGUUGCAUUUUCUUUCUAGGCCUGGGCUACAAUGAACAGCAGAUCCACAAGCUGGAUAAGUAAGUGUAAGAGUUUGUGUAUAACAGACCACCUGAGUAUCGAACACUUCUGGUUUGUAUUCUGUUGGUCUGUGGUUGGCCAUUAAACUUUCCUGAGCUGCUCGUGCUCAGAUUGUCUGAUUCAGGAAUGAGUCAUGCUAUAUCAAUCAAUAAAGUUUCAUUGAGGCACUUGAAUAACAACCACCUCAUAAUAGCCUUGCCCUUCCUUGUAGUAGUAGGAAUAUCACAUGUAAGGGGAAGACUAGCUUCUCCCGUUCCAUCAGCCGAGACAGGGAACUGGCUUUCCCUGCUCACAGGAACACAGCAAUAUGCCUUAUACCAAGUUAAAGUAUUCAUCCAUCUAGCCUAGUGUUGCUCUAAAGUCUCAGACUGCUGUUUUUCACAUCACUUAUUACCUGACCCUUUUAACUGGAAAUGAACUGAAUUAGCGAGUUUCUUUGUGGCUAAUGAUCUUGUUGCAUUAGUGUGGGUAUGGGUGGGUGUUUGCUUGUGGGUUGUUGUUUUUCAAAUGCUUAAAUUAUGAGAAAAAUUGAUGAAAUAAUGUACAUUUUAUUUUGUUUCAUUUUCAGGGUGAAUUUAGGACAUUUAGCAAAAAAGGUUCUUUCAGUUUUCCAGGACAACUGUUUGCAGCAAUACAAAGCUGCUCUUUUGGCACAUGGAAUUAUAAUGAGGUAACAGUGUUCCUAGCACAUACUCUCACUGGCUGCCACUAAAGCAACAAUGCUCAUUUAUUUUAUUGCACCUAUAUCCUACCUUUCCUAGAAGGUGCUCAGGGUUGCAUACGGGGUUCUCUCCCUCCUCAUUUUAUCUUUGCAACAACCCUAGGGAGCUAGGUUAGACUGUAAAAUGGGGGCUGGCCCAAGGUGAGCUAGCUUCAUGACUAAGGUGGGAUUUGAUUCCUUGUCUCCCAGGUCCUAGUCCAACACUCUUAAAGCAAUACCACAAUUUUCCCCAUUCCAGGCUCUCAUUCCAUAUGGAAGCCUAGUUUGCUAUGUUACCAUCAUUGAAUUGUACACACAUAAGGUCAAUUCAUGCAUGAUAAACAUAGACCUCCUAGAAGAGACAAAACGCUCUUCAUUUGGAAGGUGAAAAGAGGAGGGAAGUUCAAGAGAGGAGCUGAAAGCUGCAUUCUACAUUACCUCUGUGGAUAGAAGUCCUGCCCCUUAUUGACAGUUAUGUCCUGUGCUGCUUCAAAACACAUUUUUGCCAGGGAGGAGAUUUUCCAACUGGGCUUGCUGCCAAGCCUCAUACGGAGGGCAACAACAGAAAGCUGGGCAAAGGCUUAAAUUCAUAGCCCCCUCUCCAGCAUCUCUCUUGAGUACUCCCCCAACAAUAAAUUUAUUUAUUUAUUAUAUUUCAAAUAUUUAUAUACCACCUUUUCGAAAGGAUCACAAGUGUUUUACAAAAAGACACACACACCAGAAUUAAAAAUAGUACAUAAAGCAAUGAAAUUUAAUAAUAUGUUCUAGAAAACAUCAGAAUUCAAAAGUAGGAUUGUACUCAUUCAAGACACAUCCCCUCACUCAAUACCCCCACAAAUUUCACAUCUGCUAACACAUCUGUAUCUCAGUCAACCUCAUCUAUUUGUGAGGUUCUCUGUUUGAAUAGAGUGUUUAUGGGAUCUGCAAAAUGCAUCUUUUCCUAAUUUGCUAUACCAUGCCAGCAAACAUUUCCAGACAAAAUGAAGACCUUUGAAUCAAAGUGAUGGCAUGGAGACAAAACAGGUGAAAUCAUGCUCAUUGGCAAUAAUACAGUUGCAUCCAGUGACGUUGUCUUGUUGCCACAAUGGCUUCCACUUUUGCAACAGGAUUUCCUCUCCCUCUCCUUUCCCUGUGGAAUAAAGGGCUGGGGGAAAUCCCCAAAACAGAUUGGAGGUUAUGGAGGUGUGCUGGAAAAGGAGAAAAAAAGCUCAUCGUGCAGGAGAGAAAGUCCUUAUGCUAGUGGGAUGACUUUGUUGGAUGCAGCCCAUUGCCUUUCUAUGAAAGGGACAUUGCUUCUUUUCAAGCUCUGUAUCUAGCUUUGUGAUUGGUUGUCAGAAUGAGUUGUGUUCAUUUUCCUCAUUAGCGUCUAGUGCCUUUCUGAAAUCUUGGAAUUAACUGGCAUAAGAGUUUAUUUUUCCCUUCAUGAUAUAAUGCACAGCAGGAUAGUUGACAUUAUAAACAAAGACAUGCUGUCGAGCUGACGUUAGUACUCAUUUCACUGGACUACACACUGCAAAUCUUCCCAAGCCUUUGGGUUGGAAUAUUGAUGAACUUCUUUGUUUUCAGUAUCAAGCAAGUUUCUCAUAUUGGAAUGAAGCCAUUAUUAAGACAAAGAGCAGCACUUAGAAGGAAUGAUUUUAUGUUAAAGGGUGUUUGGGGAAUAAUGCAAAGAGCAAAUUGCCCAGUGGUGAUGGAGAGUCAUGCAUUGACUUAUUACAUUGGAGAAAAGUGCAGUCACUUAAGGAAGUAACUGCAACCCCAACUGGGGGGGGUUUUAAUUGCAAAAUGCUUUUGAAACACAGCAGCUUUUUUCAAUCAGGUUUCAAAGGGCCUGAAGGUUUCUGAUGAUACUCAUCAUAAUUAGGGUUGCUUGAGGACUUCACUGGGACUGACUUCUGAAGUGUACUCAUCUGAUCCACAUCUACCAGAAUAAGUUGUGGGUUGGACUUGUAGUCUUUCAGAUUCUGGACUCCAUCAAAUUCUACAAGGUGGUCUAAGGGCUGGCUACUUGUUUUUAACAGGUAGUAGCUGCUUGCAGUGACUCCAGAGUAUAUUGCUGCUUCUGCACAGUGAAAAUGAGACCAAAAUGCCCCUGGAACUGUGGAAGUAACUUACUUCCAGAGCUCCAGGGAGAUUUUUGGGACACGUUUUCAUGGUACAAGGCAGCAUUGCACUUUUCAGCUGCUCCAGAUAACUAGAACAUAAUUUUUUUUUUUAAGAAAAUGAAAUGCAAAGCCUUGAAACACAUUGUAAGUACUUUUUUUUUAAUUUAAAGGAAUUAAAUGUGUGUGGAUUUUUGUUGUGAAAAAGAAUCUAUCUUUAGUCAUGAUUAGUCUUUCCUUGCUGUGACAAAAGCUGUCACACAGGUUGUCAAAACUGAGGGGUUCAGAAUCAAAUUAAGCAGCAAUGACAUUGGAAGGAGAUUCAAGAAUCAGUUCCACCUCUGAAUCAUGCGGAAGCAAAAUAUAAUUGCAUUAUGAUGAUGAGUAGAUACAAUGACUAGAUAGCUUUGUUGCAUCCUAGUACAUACCAUAAGUGAAAGAUUUGCAUCCUGCUGCAGAUUUAAGGUGGUUUGUGUUUUUUAAGAAGCCUGAUAAGUAUGAAUAUGAUCUGCUUUAAUGUUUCCAUCCUAUAUCCAAUUACUUCAGAUUAAGCCCCAUUGAGUUAAAUGAUUUACUCCUGUGUAGACAUAGGUUGAUUUCAAAGGGAAGGAGUGAAGCUUGUACAUGCCUUUCUUGUUGAAAUCAGUGGAACCUAGCUCAUGCUCUGUUUUUAACUUUAAAUCUAUCCACUUCAUUGAGUUAAUAACCAAAUUACAGUUUACAGUUUUCACAGUGAUAACACAUCUCCCUGAUAUCUUUAUAGGUUUUGGUUUCUAGUAUUUUAACAGUUUAUACCCAUGGUAUAGCUUUGGCAGAUAUAUGAUCUUGCAGAACAGUAUAAAUAUUGUUAACUAAUAUGUGCACAUCAUAUUGCAUCAUUUCAUUUACUGUUCCUUGAUAUCCAGCAGUGCUGUGAUCUUCAGGGGUUGUUAUUUUUGUGUAUAAGUGUUUCUUUGUUUCUACUUGCCAUUUUUGCUCUUGGUUUAACAAGUUCCCUAUUAGCUCCUUUCUCAGUCCCACCAAGGCACAGAGCAGAAUGAAAUAGAAUUAAUUCUAUGUUUCCUUCACUUUGUGUAUUUUACUAUUUUUAUUAUGUUUUAAUUUUUAAUGCAUUCUGCUUUGAGGGGCUUCCGCCCAAAAGCGGUUUGUAACUUUCUAAAAUAAAAUCCACUUGCCUAUUUAUUUCACCUUUGUUGCUGUGAAAAAUGACCAAUCAGUUGUGGCUGCUUUGAUGUCCCCACUGUGGAAGGAUGUGUAGAUCCAGAAUUGGCCUCCACAGUCACUCACUGUUAAGACCCUGUUCAUGAAAGACAAUCUUACUCGGCUCGGAGUGAUUGUCAAAGAAGAAGCUUUGAUGAGAUGCCAGGCAGGGUGGGGGUCCUAAGUAGCUUCUCAGAGGGAAAAACUGUAUCAUUUUUUGGGAACAUCAUUAAUGCUGUAUGACUUUGCUAUUCGAAUCCAUGGGGAACUUUGUGGACCUGAUGAAUCCUUGUGGCUGAGCACUUUGUUCCAUUUUAGAGAAACCUAAGUUCAAAGUGCCUCCUUAGAAGAAAAGAAAUUAGCAGCUAUUUGACUACACUUGUUGUCUUAUCCCUUCAGGAAGGUGUUUGACCUGAAGAAGAGUUUGAAGAAGCUGAACAGAUCUUUAGCCUCCUGUAGUGCAGAGAUGUCGGGGUGCCAGGAUUGCCUUGAUAAAGUACAGUGGUGAUUUUUUUCUUCUGCUGUUCAAACCAUUUCAAAAACCAGCAACUUGAAAUUAAAUUUAUGUCCAGUUUAUUAUAGCUUUAAUCCAUGGGUUGUCCCCUGUGUGUGUGCGUGCGCUCAAUCUGCUCUGAGCCUCUAGUUCAGAUUUGGGAGCAAUGCAGGGGGAGGAAGGGAGGGAAAGUUCUGUUGCAUGAAGUAAUUCUGUGGUGGCUUGGUUAGAUUCAACCCCUAAUUUGUACCUCAGUUGCUUUAAGUGUCCCAGCUAUCCAAAUCUACAAUGUGACCCCCAUGUGUUACUCUGUCAGGGCCGGAUUUAGGUUUGAUGAGGCCCUAAGCUACUGAAGGUAAUGGGACCCUUUAUAUGUCCAGCUGUCCUUUGUCAACAACAAAUUGUCACUGUUUUUUGUGUUGAAUAUAUGCUAUAUGUCCAUGCAGUCCAUGCAGAAUGUAGGCACCCUGUAUAUAGAAAUGAGCAAACUAGCGAUAUUUUGGGGAGCAGGCGGGGCCCAUUACUUACACCAUAGGAGCCUACACAACAUAAAACACUGUUGCUGUAUGUAGGUUUUAUUUUAUUUGCUUUUUAUAUUAUAUUUUGGAAAUGUACAUCCAGUUUAUUUCUUUAAUUUUUUGGGGGGGCCCCAAUAGCAAAAAAUUAAUUCAGACAGGCAACUAACCAGCUGUUUAUGUUGUGAAGGGCUCACAUUGGGCAAGGUUUCCACCCAGUGAUGUAAUGAAAUAAUGGUUCACUGGAGAGUCGCCCCAUCAAAAGCAAUGGAGCCAUAAUUGCAAUUACUGUAUGCAUAACAUGGUUGCCUAAAUCUAGCCUAAUGGAGACAGUAAUAGUAAUAGGGAAGACACUUUUUGAACACCACCUGUUGCAAAUAGGAUCCACUUUUAACUGGUAUGUGCAAAGGAACAUUGUACGUACUCACUCCAUUGUUUUUGUUCUCUGUUUUGCAUUUUGCUUCCCCCGAAGAUUUUCCAUGGACAGUAGGACCUUCCAUAUAUAUUACUUGAUUCUGGCAUUUUGAAAGGCAAUUCGCUUUUCAUAAUUUUAUGUACCAAGUGUAGAUGAGAGCUUGGUACGCCUCUUGUGAUCUGUGGUGUUUUUCAUUUUCUUGACAGGCUUUGGAUGAGUUGCCUCAGAGAAUCCUCCAAGGCAAAACAACACAUUCUGCACCUACACAGGUUUACAUGAACCGGAAGCACCAAGACAUGGUGUUUGGGUAUGUGCACACAAAUGUAACUGUCAAGGCAUAUGGAGUCUGGAUGUUUUCUGAGUGUGCUUCUUUUUUGCACCAUUGUAAUAAUUUAUGAUGAAAAGCAACUAGUGUGUGGCACAUAUUUAAAAUAUAUCCCUCACCUCUCAGGCCAGUGUGUGUGUCAUGUGAGUUGAUAUAUUAUCACAUUCAAAACGUGCUAUGCCACCUUCCACCAGUAAUUCCAGUGUGGUUUACAGCAACAGAAUAUGACUCCAGUAAGAGCAACAUAGUGAAAUUCAUCACAAUCCACAGACCAGCCAGAUACCACCCAGGCAUGGUAUUAACAAUCUGUAAAUGCCUGGGUGAAGAAAAUGUAUUGUCCAAUGUUCUGGUGAGCAUCUGCUUGGUCAUCCAUAAUUAAUAAUUUUAAAAAUGCAUAAUUAAAUAAAAAAAGUUGAACUGUGCUUUUUGUUGUGUGUAUGUCUUGAACAGGAUGCAAGAGCUUCAGGACCAGAUGAAAAUAGUAGCUCACAAUCUCCAGCUCAACAAUAGCAUCAUCCAGCGGUAAGAGGUUCUGAAAUCUCUUUAGCAGCAUAUGCCUAUGCCUAAGAGAAAGUACUAAGCAUGAUAAGAAAGCAUUGCUCUCCCAAAACUGAAAAAUGUAUGCAUUCAAAAGGCGAGUUGUGACCACUUCUCUAAUCCAAAUCACCUUUUUAUUUUCUUUCUCUAGGUUAAAUGGUGUUGCACCAGGACUGUAGGGAUGAGAGUAGGCUGCAGAGCCUGAAAUUAUAAUGCGGGUAAAUCCACAUCGUUGAAGACUUAUUGGGGAGAAAACUUCAUUGUUGAGUCUUAAAGAUGCCUAUGCAUUCUACCUCCCUGCUGUAGCACUUUGAGGUGGAUUUAAGAGAGUGGUCUGUCUAGCCAGCAUACCUCAAUAGAGAACCAAAUGUGUUUGAUGUGUUUGUUACGUUUUGAGAGAGAGAAAUAUUUUUUCCCCUACCCAAAUUUUAUUGUUUGCUUACUCUUUUCAAUCUUCAGUAAUGGAACUGGAGGUUCUUGUCCUUGGUUCAGUGAGAUCUGGCACUUUGAAGCUUGCCAUGCACUUUUAACGGGCACUAGAGCCUCACUGAACCAAACCUGGCUAGCCAGUUGCCUUGAAAUGUUUGUUGUUAAGUACUAGAAAUACUUAACUCGGAAGCAAAUAAACUAUACCUCACCAUACUGUUCCUUGGUUGACCUUUGUUCAUUGAUGAGCCCUUUCUGGUAGUCUAAUGUAAAAAGGAUCCUAGGUUUGAGGGACCAAAGCUGUGUCCCCCAGGCUUCAAGCAGUGACUCAGAAACUACAAAAAAGAGACAUCGGAGAGUCUGGAGAGUGGGCAUUAUCAACCUAUAGUAGUGCUGUCUGUAAACAAGCCAGGUGUAGAUGCCAGUACAGAGACCAAAGUAGGAUGUGGCAUGUGGGAAGCUGGAAUCCCCCAAGGAACUAAUAAACUCUGCACUGAAGCCUU